AUGCUGUGGAGUAGUUUCUUUUCGUUCCUCGUUGUCGCCGAAUGCCGGCUGACAGGAUUUAAAAUUGAGGAAAACGACGAGAAAAGCGUUGAUCCAGCAUUAGCCCAAGUGGAAGGCAAAAGUAAGAAGACCGACGAGAACAGCUUUUUUAAUGGCGAUUCACGAUUCAAACCCGUCCACGGCGCGCGGCCCAAUGGAAAGAUCGAAAAUGACAAGGUCGUCGAUCUAUUCGGCAAGCAAAACGCUCAGACUAAUUCUGAGCAAGGACAAGUCUACAGAAUCACGUGUUGGGAACAAACGAGCACCAGUCGAGCGGGUUGCAUUUACCAAGCGCCGAACGAGUUUAAGAAAGCAUCAGUUACUCAUUUCUGGCUGGCUUCGACCUCCCAUCGAGUGCGUUGGAUUCACUUCUAUGAUGCCAACGUGAUUCCGAGCAAUUCAAAGUCCUUCCAGGAUGAUUAUGCAAUCACUCAUACGAAUACAGACUUCGAGGGCAUUGAUUUCGUCAAUUUCAUCGUUAUGUUCGAGCGAGUCGACCAGAUGGCACCAUCGAUUCCGUCGGAUAGUGACUGGAUCGUCUAUUCCGAUGCCGAGGAGUUCUGGGACGCUGCCCUCUUUUCUUUUCCAUCAAACUAUGAUGGAAACCGAGCUCGAAGCUACAUCCAGGCUCAGGGUGGUGCGUUUCACUCCGGAAAUGUGAUUCUGAUUCAAUUCCCCGCUCCGGUCAAAGAUCUUCACUUUGACGAGCUCGAUGGACUCGACGUUCAAGAAAUAAGUUACUUCCAAAAUUUUGUCAGUUCCGUGAUGAUUUCCAACAUAACUCCCGGCACAGACAAAAUCUGGUUCGACUUCGAAUAUUUAGAUGCCUUGCGGGACAGUGAGUCCAAAGACCCAUCUGGAAACUGGUUUGAUGCAAGCAAGACAAUUGUCACUGUCUUCUAG